AAGAUAAAAAUAUUGAAAUCAAACAUUCCGCCAUUUCCUUGAGUACCAAACAAUGCACAUUCCACGCGUAUCAACAAACAUUAACGGUCUGACUUUUUUACUGCGAUCGAGACACUCCAUCAUUCAUCGUCAAUGACCGUGCAGUAAAAUCGCGAGUUGCGUUCAAUAUUAGUUUCAAUCAGUACCAAUAAAGGAGGAAAUAGCUACAAUCCACGGCCCCUCGUGAAAACGUAAUUAUUUCUAUUUUCAAUGCGCGUGAUUAGACCUGUUUGAAUGGUACUAUAAAUUCACGUGAAUACUGAAGAUUAGAUGUAGUCUGCAUUUUAUCGUUAGGGUAUCAUAGUGCAUUAAAGUGUCAGUCUCGGUAAAUAUCGUAGGAAAUAUAUAUCUCCGAUUAUUUGGCAUUACUUCAGUCUUGGGUCUUCAUCUGCGUGAAACUAUUCGUGCAUUUUAAAAAACAUUUUUAAUUCGGGAAAAACGAGUUAAGGCACUAAUAUUAUAAUCAAGACAUCAUGAAGAAUCGUGGUAAGGAUUAUGUACUCGACGAUGCGGAGUGUCUAGAAAUAGUGAAGAAGAAGCUGUCGAAAGAUAAGAUGGACAAUUAUUCUCUCGUGGAGUAUGACGUGAGCCCUUUAGACGGAGGGACUGGAUUCAUGGGACAGUAUUUCAUCUUGAAAGCAACGGUUGCCUCUUCAGCUCCCCUCCGGGACAGACGAAUCAUCCGUUUUUUCGCGAAAACUCCACCCCCGGAGAACAGCCCGCAGUGGUUAUUCAAUGAAGAGUUCGGAUCCUUCAAAAAGGAAGUUGCCUUGUACACAGAGGUUUUCCCGGAAGUCCUGAGAGGCUUGGACCAAUACAGUAUCCCCGAGUGUUUUUUUGGUCUCGGCGGAGACGUUAUUGUCCUCGAGGACAUGAUGCCGGAGGGCUACACAAUGAAAAAUAAAGUUGUUCCCUUUGAUUUUGAUCACUGCGCAGUCGUCAUGAAGACACUCGCCAAGUUUCACGCGAAGUCAAUGAUUUUUGAAGAAUUGCACAAGAAGAAUCUCCUCGAGGAGUUUUCGCACUGUAUGCACGAGACUCUGUAUUCUCUGAAUGGAAGAGGUCAACGAGGGCUGCAGGCGGCCAUUGACGGAGCCCUCGCUAUGGUUGAUUUAUUAGAUACACUUGAUGAUGUUUCAAAAACCAAGUUCAAGGAGAGGAUCAUCUCAAUGUCGAGGAAUCAUGUGCAGAGACUUGAGCCUUCUAAGAAGAUGAAGAAUGUUCUUUGUCAUGGAGAUCUCUGGGCUAAUAAUCUCUUGUUCAAGUACGGGGAGGAAGGAAGCCCUGAGGCUUGUUGUUUGAUUGAUUUUCAGUUAGCAAGGUACAACCCUCCAUCCCACGACAUUCUCUGCUUCUUUCAAUUCUCAACGACGAGACAACUCCGAGAGGAGCAUGGAACCGAACUUUACAAAAUUUAUUACGACACUUUAUCGAGAACUUUGAUCGAUGCUGGUCUAGAUCCAGCAAAGAUAUUACCACUCGAUGUCUUUCUGGACUCUAUCGAGGAACUCCGAACCUUUUGCAUGCUGCAUGGAGUAUUCAAUAUUCCGUUGAUGUUGUUGGAGACGCAAGCCAUUGGCAACUUAUUCGAAAAACAAUCCGAGUGCGUAGAUGCACUUCUUUUUGAUGAUCGGAGACCUUUGCUUGUGGGUUCGUUCAACGAGAGGAAAUACUACAGGGAGAGGAUGACCGAUGCACUUCUGGAACUUCAUGAUAGAUUAUUCGGUGUAAAAUUGUAAAGUCCUAACAACUAACUGUAGGAUGUAUGUUAGGUGAUUUGAGGUAUUGAAUAAUUUGAAAAUCACAACUCAGUUUAUAGAUAAAAUGUUUAUUUAAAAAAAUCUUGGUACACGUCUCCUUUGACUUUCUCAAAUCAAAUUUAAAUCGUACAAUAUCGUUGAAUCAGUUCAAUUCUCGUUGGAAUUGAAAGUGAGAGAGUAAUAGUAGAUAUUUUUACAAGAACCAGACAGUAACAUUUUUAUUUUAUUUUUAUUUCGGAUACAGCAUGAUCAGACGAUCGGCUUCGCGCCAGCCAAAGGCUAUCGCACUGUGGACAUUUUCAGAAUAUUUCUGCAGUGCGGUCAGAACAGUCUCUUUAGUGACUAGUAUGACCCAUUAUUUAUUUAAACUUCAGUUAAUACGAAAAUUCGGAUUUGAAAAAGUGGCGAUUCUUUCCCCGAAGAACCUUAGAUCGGCAGCUACGGUCGGGGUAAAAAAAAUUUAUUAUCAUCUACAAGGUGAUGAAUGUGUGUGAAAUCAACCGUUGGUUAAAUGAAAAAUUCGAUUUUGAGAGAAAUUUUUCGCCCUCAAAAAUACUAAAAACCAUUUUUCACCCGCGGUUCGGGUCCAUUUAUUCGUGUUAAUUACGCGAGUGUAAUCUGGCCGCCAUCUUGUGAGUGGACGUACUAUAUAUUGUGAAGUGGAAAAUUAGUGUUUUAUUUUUGAGUAAUUAAACUUGCCGGAUCAUUA